UAUUUAGUAGAUCAUGGUAACAAUGGUGUUUUCUUUAGCGAAUCGAAUUAAAUUUGUAUUCAGUAUUUCUUACAAGUAAACGGGAAACUUUGCCGAUAGUCGGAAGACAAUUAUUAUUCCCGUAAAAUGGAGUACGAGAAUGUUCGAACAGGAAAACUAGUCCUAAAGGGCGAAAAGCAAAAAUCAAAAAAAAGAAAGCACAAGAAACAAGAGAAGAAUGAAGGAAACUCUAAUUUGCAGGACGCAGAUGCAGUAUCACAUGGAGGCUGGUACGAGACCACGAAAGUGUCAGAGAUAACAGGAACCGUUGCAAUUGAAUUCGGUAGACAUGUGUACAUGAAGGCACUGGAUAACGGACUCUUUACCCUCGGCAUACCCCAUAGUGAGGGAGAAGGUCCAUCUCCAGAAGAGAUUCUUACAGCGAUACCUGUAAAUGAGACAAAAGUGGCUCUAAAGUCUGGAUAUGGAAAAUACUUAGGAGUGGAUAAAAAAGGUGUUGUUGUAGGCCGAAGUGAUGCAGUGGGUGCUUUAGAACAAUGGGAACCGAUUUUCCAGGAUGGAAAACUCGCUAUCUUAAGUAAUACUAAUUUUUUCGUCUCGGUCACAGACGAAGAUGAUGUAGUUUGUCAGAGUAAAAUCGCUGGACCUUCCGAAUUUGUUCGUAUUAGAAGUAUGGUACAGCAGGUGGAAGAUCCAAAUAAAGACACUUGUGAAGAAGAGCAAGGAUCUUUGGCUCAAGUAGAAGAGAAAUUUGUGCGCAAGUUCCAAAAAUUUCAAGAUAAGAAAGUACGAAUAUGCGAAGCAGACCGUUCAUCGUUAAAAAAAGCGAAAGAAGAAGGUUUGCUACAUGAAACUUUACUUGAUAGAAGAAGUAAAAUGAAGGCGGACCGUUAUUGUAAAUGAGGUGAACAAUAGAAAAGAAUCAGCUUGGCCUUUUAACGCUCGAUGAGAAUAACGAGAAUUCAAGAAUUACGUGUUGGGCUUAAUUACUACCACAAACGGGAAAUUUCUAUUUUAAUAAGUCAUCUUUAUUAGAUUAAGAAAAUAAUGUAUCUUUUUCAAGAUUUUAGACAAUUUAAAAUUAAUUGUAUCAAAAUAAUUUGUAAGAACUUUAUAGGAGCCAUAGUUAAUUACCGUUGACUUUUUCCUUAUUUUUCUAACAGCAACAAAAUGUAAAAGCUUCUUGUACUUGGUUGCUUAUUUCAUACUUCAGGUUGCUUUAGAUGUGUUUAUAAAAUCACCUAAGAUUUUAUAUUAGUUGGAAGCUUACCAGUAAUACUGCGAUUAUGAAUAAAGAAGUCUAAAUAUCA